CCAAAGCCGACGACAGACAACGUUCCUUCGUUCCAGCCAAGAUAUCUGAUGGGAAAGCGGAAAAGACCCUCCGAUCGGUCUUCAGCCGUCGUCGCAAACACUCUUCUUCCUCAGAAAAAGCACUACAGACAACGUGCUCAUGCCAACCCCUUCUCUGACCAUGCCCUAGACUAUCCGAUAUCUCCCCAGACGAUGGACUGGAGCGAGCACUUCCCUGCCUUUGCAAACACUAGCAAAACACCGGAAUUUGCUGACAUCGGCUGUGGAUUUGGUGGUCUCCUAAUCGCGCUGGCACCCCUCUUUCCUAAUACGUUGAUGCUGGGCCUCGAAAUUCGCGUGCAAGUUACCCAGUUCGUGCAAGACCGUAUCGCCGCACUGCGCAUGACAUCUACAUCCGUCACACCGCCAUUGACCUCUAUCACCGCAACGCCCUACCAAAACGUAUCGGUAGUUCGUGCAAAUGCGAUGAAAUUCCUUCCCAACUACUUCCCAAAGCACUCUCUCUCCGCUUUAUUUUUCUUGUUCCCCGACCCGCACUUCAAAGCACGCAAGCAUAAAGCCCGCAUCAUUUCCCCAGCACUCCUUGCCGAGUACGCAUACAUUCUCAAGCCCGGGGGAAUAGUCUACACCAUUACAGACGUUCACGACUUGCACGAGUGGAUGAAUAGCCACUUGGAAAGUUUCCCUUUGUUCGAAGGCGUCAGUGAGGCUGAUCUGAGAGAAGAGGGCAAAGGGCCCAUAUUAGAUGCAGUGUACAACAGCACCGAAGAGGGUAAAAAAGUCGAGAGAAACAGUGGGGAGAAAUGGUUGGCAUGUUUUCGGCGGAAGACAACUACAAGAGCGUCAAAGUAGCCGGAAUAUGCUU